UGCAAAUUUACUUAUUAUAGGGGGCCUGCUUGGUUCUGCUUUCUCGAUUGUUGUUGUCGGCGGGGUUGCCGUUGUUGUCGUCGGGGCUGCCGUUGUCGUAGUCGGGGCUACCGUUUUCGUCGUUGGGGCUGCUGUGGUUGUUGAAAUAAUUGGCGUACUUGUUGAGAUAGAUGUCAGGGCGGAUGUUGUGGUUGUUGAAAUAAUUGGUGUACUUGUCGAGAUAGAUGUUAAGGUGGGUGUUGUUGUUGUUGGAAUAAUUGGCGUACUUGUUGAGAUAGAUGUCAGGGCGGAUGUUGUGGUUGUUGAAAUAAUUGGUGUACUUGUCGAGAUAGAUGUUAAGGUGGGUGUUGUUGUUGUUGUUGAAAUAAUUGGUGUACUUGUUGAGAUAGAUGUUAAGGUGGGUGUUGUUGUUGUUGAAAUAAUUGGUGUACUUGUUGAGAUAGAUGUUAGGGCGGAUAUUGUGGUUGUUGAAAUAAUUGUUGGUGUACUUGUUGAGAUAGAUGUCAGGGCGGAUGUUGUGGUUGUUGAAAUAAUUGGUGUACUUGUCGAGAUAGAUGUUAAGGUGGGUGUUGUUGUUGUUGGAAUAAUUGGCGUACUUGUUGAGAUAGAUGUCAGGGCGGAUGUUGUGGUUGUUGAAAUAAUUGGUGUACUUGUCGAGAUAGAUGUUAAGGUGGGUGUUGUUGUUGUUGUUGAAAUAAUUGGUGUACUUGUUGAGAUAGAUGUUAAGGUGGGUGUUGUUGUUGUUGAAAUAAUUGGUGUACUUGUUGAGAUAGAUGUUAGGGCGGAUGUUGUGGUUGUUGAAAUAAUUGGUGUACUUGUUGAGAUAGAUGUUAAGGUGGGUGUUGUGGUUGUUGAACUAAUUGGUGUACUUGUCGAGAUAGAUGUUAAGACGGAUGUUGUGCUUGUUGAAAUAAUUGGUGUACUUGUCGAGAUAGAUGUUAAGACGGAUGUUGUGCUUGUUGAAAUAAUUGGUGUACUUGUUGAGAUAGAUGUUAAGGCGGGUGUUGUUGUUGUUGUUGAAAUUAUUGGUGUAUUUGUUGAGAUAGAUGUCAGGGCGGAUGUUGUCGUUGGAGCUGCUGUUGUCGUCGUCGGUGCUGCUGUUGUUGUCUUCGGGGUUGCCGUUGUCGUCGUCGCUGCUGCUUUCGUGGUUGUUGAAGUUAACACAGCAAGGAGGCAUAUCAUUAGCCCUGAAAAUAUAUCCACACCAAAAUUGAAAUGUGAUCAGGUACCAUUUCUAUAAUCACAUUCUCUUGACUACAUCUCAAAUCAAAAUGUUGUAAAUAAGACAUAUGUUAAGGUUAAUUCUAAUGAAGGGGAAAUAGUCAAGAACCAUCUAAAUUUUUUGAAUAAUUAUAGGAUU